CACUUGGUCGCAGUUUGGUGUUGUGUUUUAGCGUGUCAAGUUUUUGGCGCCGUUGCCGGGGAACUCUAGGUUAUUGUAGAAACGUGAAAUCUGUAACUUUAGCUUUUUUUUUUCUUUUAUUUCCCACACUUGCUUUUCACUUGGGUGUUAUGUUUUGUUGGUGCAUAUCUGAAACAUGGAUCCUCAUGGCUUCUCCAACCAUUGGGGGUAUCAACCACCAUCCGUGUGGUAUUACCCCGAGACUUCCUAGAGCAAUCAAGGAGGAGAAGACUAUGGAUUCGGAUGUCAGUACCAACCCCCUACUACGGAGAACAACCAAACCCUUGGAAACCUCUAGAACAAUAUCCUUUUCAAGAAGAGUUCCUGCCACAACUAGAGGGGCCAUCUGAGUUGGAGUUAGCCAUGGAGACCUUCACGGGCCACUCUGCAGAGCCAUGCUACACUUCACGGGAAGACCCAAACAAACAAUUAAGGCUUCUCGUGGAGCAGAUUGCUCGAGUACCUGAGAGAUCCUUUCCCGAGAUGGAUCCUCAUAUCCAGGCCAUGGCUCAAACUGACUUCUCCUUUCCCCGUGAAACAGAGGAUACCCUUCAGAGCAUAAAGAAGCACAUAGAGGUCAUUGAGAAAGCUUGUGCACAGUUUUCUCAAGACAACCUUUAUGCUGCCAUACAAGUAGAAGAGGAGGAAGAAGAAGGCAAUCAUGAGGAUGUUGAGGAGCAUAUAGAAGUUGUCACGGAAAGCUCCCAUGAUAAUCAUGAUCAAGUGUAUCCUCUGGUGGUAGAUCACAACUGUCCCCAUUUUUGCUCUGAUAUGUUGGGCCCGAGCGAGGAGAUGCAAGAUGAUCUCGUUGAAGAAAUUACAUGGCGACUUGCUCUUCAAUCUGUGCUAGAAGAAGAAGAGCGAGAAAGGGUGAGGGAAGAAGUUGUGGAGGAUGAGGAAGAAAGCAAAGAAGAGGAAGUUCUUGAUCUUUUCCAAGGGGAGAGAUAGGGGUGGGCAUUCGGUCUAACCGAACCAAAAUUAUGAAUACUGGGUCCCCGAAUUCUCCCAAACCUCAAACCGAAUUCGAACCGAAUUAUAAUUCGGUUCGGUCGGUUUAAACCGAACUAUAAUUCGGUUCGAUUUUUCACACAAAACCGAAUUUGUGAAGCUACUUGUAUUUUCUCACUUUUAAAUUAUUUUUCACCCCUAAUAUAAACAAUAAAUAUCA